AUGAUCAAAAAUGAUCAUUACUCACAUUUUCGAUUUGAACGGAUUUCGCAACCGAGAAACGAAAAAAAAAAAAUUGAUAAGAACAUUUAUACGCAUUUCAAGGUUCUAGCGAGCUCUAGGCCAAUAGGUCAGCAUUAUCACGUACACGAGUUCGCGAUUAUUACUUAUAUAGAGCCGUAGGCCUGAUGAACGAAGGCAAAGGUUACGCGAGGCACGUAGGGUUGUCAGACUUUUCGCAAUAGAUGUUGUUUAAAGCUAGACGUUGAUAAAACGGAAGUUCGCGAUCCCUCGUUAUGGGAAAAUACAAAAUCAAGGUUGGGAUAAUUGGUGGGUCCGGUCUAGACGAUCCAGCCGGUCAAAUAUUGCAGAAUCGCGUAGAAAUAUCGCAGGAAAUUGCGAAAAAUGAAUUUGGUCUCCCGUCGAGUGAUCUUUACCAGGGUCAAAUUGCUGGCAUAGAGGUCGUCCUGCUUUCUCGACAUGGGGUAGGUCAUAAAAUUAAUCCUACCAAUGUGAACUAUCGAGCGAACAUAGAAGCUCUGCGUCUGGCUGGUUGCACCCACAUAUUGGCCUCGACAGCUUGCGGAUCCCUGCAAGAAUCUAUCCACCCUGGCGAUCUCGUUAUACCGGAUAGUUUUAUCGAUAGGACAACCAAGAGGAAUGGCACAUUUUUUGACGGAACAUCCAAUGCAUACGCAGGAGUAUGUCACGUACCAAUGGAACCAGCGUUUCACCCCGAUGUCCGGAAGACGAUUGCCAAUGCAGCGAAGCUUUUGAACAUUGGGAUAAGGGAUGGAGGAACCGUGGUCACAAUAGAAGGGCCCAGAUUUUCAUCAAAAGCAGAGAGUCAAGCCUUCCGACAAUGGGGAGGUGAUCUUAUCAAUAUGACGGUAGUCCCAGAGGUGUGUUUGGCAAAGGAAGCAGGUAUUCUGUACGGAGCUAUUGCUUUGGCUACAGAUUAUGAUUGUUGGAAGGAUGCAGGAGACAGAGUAUGCGUGGCAGAUGUGAUGAGCGUAUUCAAGAAAAACGUUAUUAGAGUAACUCAGCUUCUUAUUGAAACUAUCAAGCUUCUGGGUCUAUCGUCAGAUCAAGAAAUGUGGGAUGAAAAGAUUGAAGAACUCAAGAAUUUGGUGGUGUGUGGAAACGUCUCGUCAAAUAAAGCAGCCUAGGAUUCUAAGAGAUGUCAUGAACUGUAUAGAGCUCAAAAAUACUUUUUUUUUCGAACCUUGUACAAUUUCAUGGCUAUGAAAUAAAAUGUUCAAAUUCCAAUCAACCUUUCGGGAAUUUUUUUCCCCUCAUGUUUUAACAUCAUUAGAAUAUUGAUUUCGUAAAUUCUCUGUGAAUGCAGGGAAAAUACAGAUUCGUGCAAACUUGGGAGUAAUUUCAACCUGCUGUGAAUAACAGGUACUUAACGGAACGUGAUAUUUAUUUAUAAUGUAUAAUAAUAUAAUAUUCAUUGAACGACCAAUAAAUCGUUCAUUCAAAUAUAAUAUCUACAAAUUACAAUAUUUUGCCUCUGCUGUUUUCUUCAUCGAUUCCAACUUUGUUACAUUAUAUAAUUACAAUACAUUCACAGAAUUGUUAAGCGAAUUUUGUUUAUACAUACAUUUUUUUCACCCACUGCUAACAGAAUUGACCCAGAAA